AUGGGCUUCCUCGACAGACUGAAGUGCUACGUACGCUACGCUACUGGUGAGUACUUCGACAGUGAAUCCGCCAACACUGCACCAAACACCUCAUACGAACACGAGCAGACCUCGGAAUCCGAAACCGACCUUCUCAUCCCUUAUGUCUCCGACGACGACGACGAUUCCGACGACGAAGCAAACUCCAACAACGACGCUGGAUCUUUCGGCCACUGCUGGCACUGCGAUGCCCCCUUACCUCUGCCCACUUCAGAUGAAACCAACGUCGACUGUCUCGAAUGUCAGUUUCCGAACUAA